AUGUCCCCCGAAAUAUCGACUGAAACUGAUUCACUCUAUGAGGUUUCAUGGGCCAAUCCCUUAUUUAGUCCCCAUCUCCUUUGUGCAGCAAAUGUCCUUGAGUACUUCUGUGACCUCUCCAAUCCAUUCUAUGAUCGUGAGUGCAAUAAUGAGGUUAUCCGAAUGCAAAAACUGAGUCCUGAGCAACUAGUUUCAAUGACUGGAAUUGAGUUCUAUUUACAUCACUCACAGGCAAGUACACUUGCUGAACCAGUGCUCUUUGUGAUUCGAAAACAACAGCGGCUGUCAACAACGCUAGUUACCCCCAUUGCCUACUACUACAUUGUGAAUGGAACUGUUAUCCAGGCACCUGACCUAGCAACCCUCGUGAAUGCGCGCCUUCAUACUGUGAUUUACGGCUUGAAUAAGACUAUACAAGCCCUGGCUCCUUGCGCUCGCUACCACCCACCCGAUGGAUCUUACUCCUGGGAUGACCCUAAGAAGCUCUUGGGGAGAUCUGCGAAUGAACAGGAGGAAGGCACUUCGGAG